GAUCUGGCAACACUGGGAGGAGGCCAGACCUGGAAGGAACAGCGAACAACGCAACGCUUCUCACCAAACUUUUACGUUUAUUUAAAAGUGAUGAAGUGAUCGAGGACGAACGCAGCCAGGAUGAACGUGCCUGUUUCUUCGAACCAUCCACAGAGCUACACUAUCAUUCAGGGCACGCAGCCAUCUAUCCUAGCCACAGCCCCAACUUCUGCAACUCUACAACCUGGCCACCACCCUAUUGGGGGAGGAGGAGAUGUUCACAUCUGUGGCGCUUGUGGAGCACAGUUCACGGAGAUUAAGGAGUUUGUUACACACAAAAGGCAGGGAUGUCAGGGAAGUGGCGGAAUAGGAGCUGUCAGUGUGACACAGGCUCAGUUAGCAUCAUCAUCUGCUGUUCAUCAGACUCAUCCAGCUCAUGGUUCUAUGCAGAUGGGUGUGCCUGUAGGAAUGCCACAUGUCAUCCUGCAGACGGCAUCAGGUCCACCACAGAUGUAUCGCAUUGUUUUAGAACCCAGUGUGGCCAGCUCAUCGUCCCAAAGUGCCUCUCUUCAGGGUCCUGCUCCCAUCUUGGCUCAGGCUCUCUCGGGAGGCCCCAUCUCUCACCUUGCUCCCAGUCCAGGCCAUAACUCCCACACUCACAGUCAUGCUCACCACAGCCCUCACAAUCACCAGGAAGGAGUUAACCAAGUGGUUGGGCCAGUCACAUCAGCAAAUGGAACAUCAAGUGGUUCCCUCUUACAACUGGCACAUGUAGGCGAGACUUGGCACACUGGUGGAGCACCCACGUUAACAUCUUCAGGACCUGUUGAGAGAGAUGGAAAUGUCGGCAUUCCAGAAGAGAAAAGGGUAAUUGUGGAGGAAACACCUGCUGGAAGAGGGAACAAUGGAGCACCACCAGGUUCACGAGAGAGAGGUGGUGGGGGUAUGGAGGGAGAUGGAGGCACAACAUCCACAUCCAGCAUGCACACAGAGGAGGAGGAUGUGGCUACUUUCUUGGCCACACAGCUGGCAAGUCAGGCAGCACCACCUCACACUACUACUGUUGUAAGUGAACAGCUGAUUUCAAGUGUUGUGAAUGGCGUGCAGAGCAGUGAAGGUCAGUUGCACUACACAUCUGCACCAACCCAGUCCAACCAGCACCAACACCAGCACCAACACCAGCAACAUCACCACCAGCAUCAUCAACAGCACCAGCAACAAGCCCAACUUGGCAUCCAGCACCAACAUCAGGUUGAUUCUUAUGGAAGUGGAAUGCGAUCAGCAGGGUCUGGGCAGAGAACAAUGAAAGGAACAACAGAAGAUUUGCCUCAUGCUUCCAUGCCAGUCGAGAGCAAAGCUGAUGUUCUCAGCGUUUGUGCAAAGGAAACCUUGGUUGUUCACGAUGGUAUACACAAAGGAAAGGCCUGUCCCGUGAAGGACUGUAAUUUCACCACCUCUCAUAACAAAGAUCUUAAUCGUCAUAUACGGAAGCAUACUGGAGAAAAACCAUACAGAUGUGAGGAGUGUGGGACUUGCUUCUCCCGAGGAGACAAGUUGAAGGUACAUGCACGAAUCCAUUCCAAUUUACGACCUUACUGGUGCCAAGAACCUGGCUGUCAGUAUCGUGCCAUUGAUUCCGGCAGCCUUAGGAAGCAUUUGAGAACACACACAAAUGAACGGCCAUAUAGAUGCCAGUUAUGUCCAUAUAGUGCCCGAGAUGGUUCUCAACUGACAGUACAUCUCAGAACACACACAGGAGAUACACCAUUUCAGUGUAUGAUAGAAAAUUGCUCAGCUGCUUUCAAGACAAGUUCUGAUCUUCGUCGUCAUGAGAGACUUCACACUGGGGUGAAGCCAUACAAGUGUUCGGCCUGUGAUUAUGCUUGUGCUAUUAAGUCCAAUUUAACGGUACACAUGAGACUGAAUCAUUACAAAGGGGCAAAAUUCAGCUGCACCAAAUGUGAAUUUCUGGGUAACAGUCGCAAACAGCUGAAGGACCAUGAAAAAUCCCAUUCAAAUGUGUUGUUGCAGUGUGACUUGUGCGACCACGUCAGCACCAGCAGUACUGGGCUCAGACAACACAUGUUAAUACAUUCCCAAGAAAAACCAUUUCAGUGCCGCUACUGCUCAUUUACCUGCAAAACUACAGGUAAUCUUCGAUAUCACGUUAGAAAUAAACAUGGUUGUGAUGUGUCUGGUCGCAAACGAGGAACGACCAGAAACAGCGGGGUGGUAAGCCGCGGGCGUAAUGGUACAGGGGGAAACAGCGCGGGCAGGAGAGCCAAUAGACCAUCUUGUUACCGUAGUUUUAAAUGUAACGAGUGUGGUAGCGGAUUUGUGCGAGAGGACUCUUACAGAUCACACAUGCGACAACAUGAGAAGCACAAGAUGACCCAGGCUAUAUCAGGCAAAAUGGAACCAGAUGUGUUUAGUGUAGUGGUGCAGUGGUUGGAAGCAUUCUAUGUCAGCCAUCGACCGGGUCAGGCACCCAGAAAGGUUUCGGCUGGAGCAGCAGCCCAAGGAAGUGAAAAUAGCGUUAAUGGUUAUAGUUCAUAUGUCAUUACAAUCGAUGGAAUAUCUACUGUUUUCUCCAAUCCUGUGCGUGUAGCUGGGAGUGGUGUCACGACAGAGAAUGGCGACUCGCUACCUGGAACAGUACAAGUUAUAACGGGAGAUCUCAUCACUUCUCCGGGCUCUAAAGUCUCAACCGCUCAUCACACUUAUGACCUUAAUGAAGAUGACAAAGCAUCGGCUACCCAGCAUGGAUAUGAAAUAACUCAGCAGGAUAAAGUCAGUCAAACGCAGCACCUGUAUGAGCUGACUUCAGGAAAUAAGGUUGAUCCAAAUCAGCCAAAUUUCAACCAUCCACAAGAUCAGGUACAUGAAGGCUCAAGUAGGGAAUAUAUGGGACACUCAAACUCUCAGGAUGUGCAGUCCAAUGUUCUUGUAGAGCAACAACAAGGCAUUGAAGAUAAUUUGGAUAAUUCUAUUCAUGUACACAAUCUCUCUGCAAAACCUAAAACAGAAUAAAUGUUAAUUAUAAGUUACAAA